AUGAUUCGGUUGUGUGCUACGUUCAAAGGAAUAGUUGAUGAUGAUAGGAGUAAAGUCCAGUUCGACCUGAAUAAGGAUCCACAUGAUACAAGUGAUGGUGAUGAUGUGGGAGUUGAUUUGGGAAAAUCAGUAGCAAUUAUUUCAAGGAAUUCACAUAAGCCGACUGAUGUUGUAUUAGAAAAGCCUACUAAUGCUAAUCUUGGUGAUGCUGCUGGUUCAAAGUUGGAAGAUUCAAUGGUAAAGAAGGGCGGAUAUUUUAGCAGUAAGGAAGCUUUACAGGCUACUAUGGAAAUGUAUGCAAUGAAAUAUAACUGCGACUACAGGAUUACAAAAUCUGAUAAGAGAUGGUGGUGUAUACGCUGCAUUGAUAGUGCUUGUAAUUGGAGGCUCCGGGCUGAGUGUUUACAACCAUCUACAUAUUUCAAAAUCAACAAGUUUGAGGGUAACCAUACAUGUGCUCCUUCAAAAAAAAAAUCAUUUUGUAGGACUCUAUCUGAAAGAACAAUUGGACAUCUCAUUAAGCAAAGCUAUGAGGGUGUGAAGGAAGGUCCUAAACCGAUUAAUAUAAUUAAUAUUAUUCAUUCAAGGUACGUCUGCGAGCUAACAUAUCACCAAGCUUGGGAGUCUCGGGAGUAUGCAGUUAACGAAGUUAGAGGAAUUCUUGAGAAAAGUUAUGCUAAGAUACCAAAAUACUUGCACAUGCUACAAGAAGCGAAUCCUGGUACGUUCACGAAUUACGAAAUUGACUUUGAUGGAAGAUUCAAAUACCUAUUUAUUUCUUUUGGUCAAUCAAGAAGAGGGUUCUACAAGGCAAUGCGGAAAGUGAUAGUAGUUGAUGGAACAUUUUUGAAGAAUAAAUACAAAGGAGUUCUACUAGUUGCUACAGCUGUAGAUGGUAACUCCAAUUUGUAUCCAAUUGCAUUUGGAAUUGCUGAUUCUGAGAAUGAUUGUUCAUGGAAGUGGUUUUUUAUGCAACUUAAGAUGGUUAUAGCUGAUGAAGAAGGUUUAUCAUUUGUGUUAGAUAGACAUACAUCAAUUGCUAAAUCAAUUGGAAACAUCUACCCAUUGGCUAAACAUGGUAUUUGCAUCCACCACUUGAUUAGUAAUGUGAUAACAUAUAAUAAGGGCAGAGGUGUCGCUGGUAUGGUUGCAAAAGCAUCAAAAGCUUAUAGAGUUGCUGAGUUUGAGAAAGAGUUUGCGCGAAUUAACAAUAUUAGUCCUGCUAUUGGAAGUUAUCUAGAGGAAGCCGAUGUGAGAAAAUGGGCUCGCUGUCAUUUUCCGGGUUAUAGAUAUGACAUUAACACCAACAAUGCGGCUGAGUCAAUCAAUGCAGCUUUGAGGUCACCCAGAGAGUAUCCAAUAAUUCCUUUGUUAGACAGCAUCAGAGAAAUGAUGACACACUGGUUUUAUGAGAGUAGAGAGUUAAGUGCAAAGCAAAAAGAUCCUUUAACUGUUGAUGUGGGGUAA